AUGGGCCGCGUGGCUGUCAGCGGUCUUGAAUCGCGACCUCGCUCGGCUGAGCCCAUAGAUGAUGCAACCCUCGAGUCUGGGACUGGGGAACCGCUGCUAUCUGUGUCUAAACGAGAAGAGUACCCCUAUGCUUGCGAACGCUGUGGUAAAUCGUUUGCCGCUAAAGCCCGUUUGCAAAGGCACGUCACUACUGUUCAUUUGAAGCAACGAGAUCACACAUGUGAAUACUGUGGAAAAUCUUUUUACUUCAAGUACCACGUUCAAGCACACGUUGAAGCUGUUCACUUGAUGACCAGUGGCGCUCGUUCAACCUCGAUCCUCGUUUCGUCUCACGGGUUCCGUUUGCUUUGGACCACCGAUGAUUCAACAAAAGCAACAGAGAAUAGUACCUCUUAG